AUGAAGGAGACUGCGCAGAUCCCCGUGCCGGCCAAGGACCCUGCGGCCAAAGACGACAAGACACCAGAUGCCGCCAAGACCGCCAACCCGACAGAAGACGGGCCGACCGAAGAGGAGCUCUCGGAGGAGGACCGCAAGCUGAAGGAAGACCUAGAGACGGCUGUGGCCCGCGUAUGCGGCCCACAAGAAGAGAUUGGCGUCAAGCAGCUGGCGUUGGAGCUGCUACGUCGCGAGAUCCGCACGGCCACAUCGUCUAUGACGUCGGUACCCAAGCCUUUGAAGUUCCUGCGACCAUCCUACGACGACCUCAAGACGGCCUACGCGACGUUCCAGGCUGGCGAGACCAAGAAGCUCAUGGCCGACGUGCUGGCCGUGCUGGCCAUGACGAUGGCCAAGGAAGGUUCGCGCGAGAGCCUCAAGUUUAAAUUACUGGGCAACAGCACGGAUCUCGGCUCAUGGGGCCACGAAUUCGUGCGCUCACUGGCCGGGGAAGUCGGCGAGGAGUACAACGCCCGCAUCACGGCCGAGAACGCCGUGGACCCGGACGUGCGCGACUUGCUGGAGAUCGUGGACGCCAUCGUGCCGUUCCACAUGCAGCACAACGCAGAGCCUGAGGCCAUUGACAUCCUCAUUGAAGUACAGCAGCUGGCCAAGUUGCUAAAGAGUCCGGAUAUCGACGAGAAGAACUACCAGCGAGUGUGUCUGUACCUUUUGGCUUGCGCUGAUUUCAUGUCGGACGCCGAGGACCUUGUCAACUUGUUGAACACAGCGUACUCGCUGUUCCUGCGUCUCGAGCAGUACCCAGAUGCUCUCCGUGUGGCGCUACGUGUCGGUAACGACGACUUUGUGACGGAAGUGUUCCAGAAGUGCAAGGACGACGUUGUGCGCAGUCAAAUGGGCUACAUUUUGGGCCGUCAGCGCUGCUUCUACGAGGACGAGAGCGAGGCAUCGGCCAACGAGAUUAUCGGCAAUUCCGACUUGAGCGACAAGUUCCUCGCGCUGGCCCGUGAUCUCGAUGUGAUGGAGGCCAAGACGCCAGAGGAUAUUUACAAGUCCCACUUGUCAGAGACGGCCAGCGUGGGCCGUGGCCGCGACUCUGGCUCGCAGCCUGCAGACUCGGCGCGUGCUAACUUGGCCUCGACUUUUGUGAACGCUCUGGUGAAUGCUGGUUAUGGGACUGAUAAACUCAUGACUCCGGAGGGCAACACGUGGCUGUACAAGAACAAGAAACACGGUAUGAUGAGUGCUGCUGCGUCAUUGGGUAUGAUUAUGCUGUGGAACGUCGAAGAGGGUAUCACGCAGAUUGAUAAGUACCUCUACUCGGGUGAUGAGUACGUUAAGGCCGGUGCUAUCCUCGGUGUUGGCGUGGUUAGCGCUGGUAUUCGCAACGACUGCGACCCUGCGCUUGCUCUGCUGUCGGAACACAUUGACUCGGGCAACUGCUCGAUCCGCUGCGCUUCCUGCUUGGGUCUGGGCAUUGCGUACGCCGGUUCGGCUCGUGAAGAUGUGUCGGAGUUGUUGAUUCCUGUGGUUUCGCAUGCUGAUGAGAAUGCUGACAUUCAGGAGGUUUCAUAUGCUGCUCUGGCACUUGGAAUGGUGGAGGUGGGCACUUGUGAUGAAGAAGCGGGAAGUGUGCUUAUGCAGAGAUUGAUGGAGAGCUCAGAUGCGGAGUUGGACUCAUCCUGCGCUCGCUUCCUGGCUCUCGGUCUGGGUCUACUGUAUCUUGGCCGUCAGGAGCGUGUGGAGGCUAUGCUGGAAGCGGCUAAGACUAUUGAGCACAAGAUGUCUAAGUACCUGGCUAUUACGUUGGAGACGUGCGCGUACGCUGGCUCCGGUAACGUGCUGAAGGUGCAACAGCUUCUGCGUACCUGCGCCGAACACAUUGAAGACCCUAUUGAGGCUCAGCACCAGAGUGUCGCUGUGCUUGGUAUCGCUCUGAUCACGAUGGGAGAAAACAUCGGCAGUGAAAUGGCCAUGCGCUCAUUCGAUCACUUGCUGCAGUACGGAGAAGUGGCAGUGAGACGCGCUGUGCCUCUAGCGUUCGCUCUGCUGAGCGUGUCUAACCCAGAAUACGCGCUGAUUGACACGCUGUCGCGCCUUACACACGACGUGGACUCGGGCGUCGCGCAGAACGCCAUUCUCGCGCUUGGUCUCGUUGCUGCUGGCACGAACAACUCGCGAGUGGCUGGUCUGCUGCGUCAGCUGUCGGAAUUCUACAGUCGCGAGGCCAACCACCUCUUUGUCGUUCGUAUCGCACAAGGUUUACUGCACAUGGGCAAGGGUUUGAUGACUCUGCACCCGUUCCACUCAGACCGACUGAUCAUGUCUCGUGUGGCUGUGAGCGGCCUGCUGACGAUCCUGCACGCGUCGCUAGAUAUGGAGCACACGAUCCUGGAUACUUCUCACUACAUUCUUUACUGCAUCGCCACAGCAAUGCAGCCCCGUAUGCUGAUCACGCUGGAUGAGGAGCUGAACCCGCUUCCCGUUUCCGUCCGAGUCGGCCAGGCGGUUGAGAUUGUGGGCCAAGCUGGUCGGCCAAAGUCUAUCACAGGAUUCCAGACGCACACGACACCUGUGCUGCUGAACGUCAAGGACCGUGCAGAGCUGGCGACUGAAGAGUACAUCCCGCUCACGAACGUGCUAGAAGGCGUUGUUAUCCUCCGAAAGAACCCGGACUACGAGCCGGAGACUUAA